UUUAUUGCUAGUUUUGGGCUUGAAAAUGAAAGUUUUAGUGGUUUUUUCAGCUCUCUUGGCUAUUGUAGCUGCCAACUGUGGUUGCAUCAAGUGUUCAAAACACUUGAAAGUAGCGUCUUGCCCAAACAGCCCAGUAACCAUCAUUUACAAGGAUUGUCAAGAAGGUUUGGAAUGUGGUAGACCGUUACCAUACCAAGUUCAAACCCCAGUUAUCAUACCAACCAUCCCAAAAAUAUUAGCCCCAGGAAAACCACUAGACUACAGGGUUGAAGUACCUGUUGUUUGCCAACCAAAACCAUGCGAACAACAAUGUGCCCACUCUUACGUCGUACAAACCCCAGUUGUCCUGCCAAAACUCCCGAAAAUCCACAUUCCAAGGCACACCCAGUACAAAACCGACAGAGUCGUCCUCCCAUGUCCAGUUGCCCCUCAAUGUUGCCCAAGCCACGUUGAGCCAGGUUGCGUGAUUCCCCCACCAAACGUUGAAAUUCUUCGCGAAUGCCCGGAACCUUGCGCUAGGUAUGUUAACAAUCGUAGUAAGCGAGACUUGCCAAUUUUACAACACGGCAUGAAUUUCAUGGUCGGUUUGUUAUCACCGUUGAUAAAAGCUCCUUUGCAACACACUGUAAACGUGAUGAAGUUGAAUCAAAACAAGAGGAAGACGCAGAAGAAUGUUAAUAACAUGAAGAAGAACAUCGCGAAGAGCAACAGGAAUAUACAGAAGACCUUGAACGGGUUUCAUAGUUCUUCAUUAGUGAAGGAUUCUGAUUUGAAUCGACACUCGUACGACUUCAUGAGAAAACUGGAUGAAGAAGAGCAGCGAAGGCAAAAUUACUUGAAAUCGUUGAAUAUAGUGCCAAUGCAGAUACCAAGUCGUCUAAAAACACCCAUGAGUGUAAAAGAGAAGGUAGUCUUAUUGGAUAAGCUGAAGAAAUUGAACAAUGAUCAUAGAAGAGCGAAAAGAUCGAUUGUCAUAGGUAGUGAUGAGCUUAAUCUGCCUUUUUUCGAAGUCAAAAGUGGUGAGCAAGACAUUGAAUAUGAUUAUGAUGAUUACCAAUCACGUUCAGAAGAAGAAGCAUCAGAUGAAGACAUAAUUUACCUACCCAAACGCCUGUCGAAGAAAUUCGACUUAAAACAGAUGUUGGAGGAUAAAAAAAUUGACAUGGCGACUAGGAAGGCCCAAGUUGAGAACAAAAUACUCGAAAAACACCCUCUACUGUACCUCAUCAAAGCUCCUGUAAGCUUGAUGAAGCAGUUUCACGAGAUCAAAGAAACUGUGGAUCCAGUCUUGAAGCAAGGUGCAGAGUUGGUAGGUACGUCAAAGCAGUACUUCAAGGAUUUCCAUAAUAACUUCCAAAGCGGCAUACUGAACUUUGCCAGCAAUGUGGUUGGCGAUUUUGAUAGGGUUGGGCCGAAACCAGCGAACUAUUUCGACCAUAUACUUCAGCCUGCUCAGUACAGGUACAGACGUAGCGCUGAUUUGGGUUUUCGCGAGGCGAAGCCUCAGAAAACGCGGAAGAAACGGUACAUACUUAAAGUGGUUGAUGAGAGUGAAGUGCAAGAGUUUUUAAAGGAGAAAUUGGGGGACAUUAUAGAGAAGAAACCGAAGAAAUCUAGAAAGAACAGUGGAGAUAUACUGCAAUCAAUAUUUAGUGGUGGCAAAAAACCACCCAAAGAUUUGGUUGGCAAUCCACGCGUGGAGAAAUUGAAACCCAAGAUCAUAAUCGACAACAAUGGCAUUCCUUUUAUGGAAGUGAACGGUAUGAAGCGUCCUAUGGCUCUAACUCUUAAAAGACGCAGUAAAACCAUUGAAGAACCGAAAAAUGAUGACAGCGACGAACUAGACAUGACCAAUGAUCGUUUAGAUGAGUUGAUAGAAAAGGCCAAAGAUAAAGUACAGAAUGGAGAACCCGUAUUGAAAUCACGCCACACUGAAAUGCCUGUAAACACAGUCAAAGAAAAAAUAACGCAAACCUUGACAGAAGUGGACAAUUUGGUCAACACGGACUUCUCCAAGUAUUCAGAUGUGCAUGAUGAUCUCCUCCAAGCCCAAAUAGUCAAAAACUCCAUUGUGGAAGAUUGGAAAAAACUCUUAAUGGAGCGAAAAAUUAACGAUAUCACACGAAAACUUGGACUCUUAGACAAGUUCAAAGAACUACAGGAAAUCAAAGAUGAAACGGUGAAAAAAAUCACCAAACACUUAGAAAAUGAGAACAAAUUUAUGACGAAAACUCUCAUAAUCAUCAUGAUACGCCUACAGAAACUUCAAUGCCUUAUCAGCCGAGUUGUAGAUGAUUUUACUGAACGAAUCAACCUGAACAAAGAGUUUGAUGUUCAAAAAGAGAUACAGUAUGUCGACUUGAUGAACAGCAUCAACUUGGUGUACGGAAUGACCCGUAACGACAAUCUAAACGCUGUGAAAAAGGCUAGGGAUGAAACUUUGGAUGAAGAGAUGGUUCUGCUUGAAGGAUUGAGGAAGUUAUUAGCCACUAAAGAUAUGAGCAAAAUAACUGAGGAAGCAUCCAUUAUUUGGGAGAUGAAGAACAUUGAGAAGCUGCAGAAAGACACCAUAGUGGAGAUGAACAAACGCAUCAGCAACAACCAGAAGAUCAAAAAGGAGUUGAAGAUCAUUUUCGAUUUACAGAAGCAAUGGGAGCAGUGCAGUACCCAGCAAAAAACGUUUUUGCUGAAAUACAAUUCGAAGCAUCCAACAGUACAACAACCAAAAAUGCACCUACGUCAACUUUGGAUGGACAAACUAAAAAUCAAACACUGA